AUGCCGGGUGUCCAGGAGCUCCCCACACACAACGCAUUUUUAGCAGCUGCAGCCGUGAUGCAACCUAAGCUCGUCGCAAGGCCAUUCAACCCUGAUAAACCUCAGCUGUGGUUUGCUCAACUGGAGACCCAGUUUACCGAUCUUGGAAUAGUGACGGAGAUCGAUAAGUAUAAUAAAACUGUUCCGCUAAUUGAUACGGUCUAUGCAGCAGAGGUCGAGGAUCUCAUUAUUGCUAGACCAGUUAAUACCCCAUUCCAAACAUUGAAGAAUGAAUUAAUUCGAUGUUUUACCACGCCAAGAUCAAUGAAUUUAUUACGACUGCUGGACAAUGAGAAUCUUGGAGAUCGUACACCCUCGAAGCAUCUUAGGCAUUUAAAGGCUCUGGUUCCAGGUAUCGAUGAGGAGGUCUUAAAGACACGCUGGCUGUCUCACCUUCCGGAGCAGACUAGAGCGACGCUUGCUGCCCAGGAUGACGCUUCGUUGGAGAACCUGGCGAAACUGGCUGAUAGGGUCCAUGAGGUCUUUCAACCUCAUCAGACUGCAGCUAUUUCGGCCUCGUCGAGUAAUGUGGUCAACUCUGCGCUUCGUGAUGAGCUGGAGAGUUUGAAGGCUACAGUAGCUGCGAUGCAGCUGCUACCAGGGAAACUCCAGGGAGAGUUGUUAGCGACGGAAUGCAGCUCUUUAUUAACAUCCCGUCGCCUCUUUGUCACCGAUAGGUCCACCAAGGCACAGUACCUAGUGGAUACCGGUUCCGACGUUUCAGUGUGUCCUCGCCGGGCGCACUCUCGGAAAAAGGACGGGUCUGGUUAUCAGCUGUUCGCAGCCAACAACACUCUGAUCAAUACUUAUGGCUACAUUCCGAUCCUGCUCGAUCUUGGCCUACGCAAGGAAAUCAAGUGGCGUUUUAUUGAAGCUGACGUUUCGAGGUAUAUUAUUGGCGCUGACCUGCUGCAUCAUUACGGUCUUCUGCCUGACCUCAAGAAUCAACGACUUAUUGAUAGCACCACUGGUCUCUCAACAGAUGGACAGCUGGUUAAAUUCGAGUCGUUCUCAGUCAGACUCCAGACGAUUGAAGAGGAUUCAUCUUACGUAGCCCUACUGAAGAAGUUCCCUGCCAUAACGAAGCCGGAGGGACUCCUUCGAAACACCAAGCAUAUGACGCAACACCACAUUAGGACUACUCCCGGCCCACCAGUAUCGGCCAGACCAAGACGUUUGCUACCAAAUAAGCUGGCUAUAGCAAAGGCUGAGUUUUCGAAUAUGCAGAAGCUCGGCAUCGCUAGGCGCGGUCAAGGACCAUGGUCUUCGCCUCUUCAUUUGACUCCUAAGAAAAAUAGAGAAUGGAGACCGUGUGGUGAUUACCGGGGCCUGAAUGAUCGGACGAUCCCGGAUAAGUAUCCCGUUCGCUAUCUUGAGGAUUUCGUCGCAAAUCUUUACGGAUCCACGAUAUUUUCGACUAUCGAUCUCGUGAAGGUGUUUAAUCAAGUUCCGGUAGCAGCUGAAGACAUCCAGAAAGCGGCCAUAAUAACUCCUUUUGGGCUAUUCGAGUUCCCGUUCAUGACUUUCGGUCUGCGCAACGCUGCUCAGACGCUUCAGCGUUUAAUCAAUGAAGUCACAAGGGAUCUGCCGUUUCUAUUUCCGUAUAUCGAUGAUAUUCUCGUCGCCUCUGAGACACCUGAGCAACAUCUAGAUCAUCUGAGGCAACUGUUCCAACGUUUGGAGGAUUUCGGUCUGGUGUUUACCUCUGAUAUCGUACACGUAGCUGGCGAUGAUAACGUGGUAGCUGACGCUUUGUCUCGUAUCGAGGCAGUGUCCCAGGCGAUCGACAAUCAACAACUCGCUCAAUCACAGCGAGAAGAUCUUGAACUUCGUCAGCUGCUUGAAGGGUUCAAGGACUGUCUCACAAUUAUAGACAGGUUUACACGGUAUCCAGAGGUGGUGCCACUACCGGACAUCAGGACAGAAACAGUAGUUCGUGCACUUCUCUAUCACUGGAUCGCCAGGUUUGGAGUACCUCUCAGGAUCACAUCAGACAGAGGAGGCCAGUUUAUCGCGGACAUUUACCGACGUCUGACAGAGAUGUUGGGCAUUCGACGCAAGCUUACUACGCCAAUUCAUCCCCAGGCUAACGGACUCGUGGAGAGACUGCAUCGCCAGUUGAAAGCUGCACUUCUCUGCCACGGCGAUAGCUGGUAUGAUGUUUUGCCGUUGGUUUUGUUAGCACUCCGCACCGCUUGGAAACCUGAUGUUGAAAGCACACCUGCUGAGUUCACCUAG